AACUUCUUCACAACCCGUGCAUGAAUCCGUAGACGAGAGAAAUCAACGGAGCGGGAAAUUCCACCAUGACCACUUGAGCCGCAAGAUGGGCAACCAGACGACAGGGCCUGGGACCCUCCUCAUGCCCGACUUUGACAAAAACGAUGACGAUCCAUGUAUGGGUUGCGAGGGCGGAGUUUGGUCUUGCCCUGGGCAGUGGUACUCCAGAUCCCUAGUCGUGUUGUCGGGAGUAGAAGAGGGAGGGGGAGGAGGAGUGCUCUCCACCAGUCAGGGAUCAGAAGAUUGAUGGACUGCAGAACUCAGCCGCUUGCCCAAAGCAAAUUGAAUCAAGUGGGAGGUGGUGUGGACAGAGAGUGGACGGGGAGUGGACAGAGAGGGUGGAUUCCCACCGGUUCAGGUUUGGUUGGGCGAGAGAGAUGCAAGAGGGUGCAAGAGGUCCAAGCCUCAUUCGUGGUUAGAUUGCCCGGGAGGCGGUCAGUCCGGGAGCGGGUCAUGAUUUUGGGGGCCAAACAGUCUCUCCUCUUAGCACGGAGUACCCUGAUGGACUAGUAGGAGGGACCUCUACUACGGAGUACGGAGUACUACGACUACUAUCUGGUCUUGACUCAGAGCAUUCUGCCUUGACUGAUCCCGCUCGCUGCGCCGCAGUCUGCCGGAUUAGAAGGUCAUUGGGUAGAGAGCAGUUCCCCUUUUGGGCGAUGGGCAGGGAUCGAUAAUGCCUCUUACAUUUGGACACCAUUCAGUCUAUUGAAUACUUAUUGAUCCAAUCUG